AUGGAUCCACUCAAGAUAUCCACCGUGAAUGAUGUCAUCCUAAACCGGAGAGGGUACCACAUCCGCGGAACACUCAUAUUAUCUACAUAUCACCUUGUUUUUUCCUUCACCACACCAACAUCAUCUACGCCACGCGAAAUCUGGAUAUGUUAUCCCAUAAUUGACCGAAUGUCAAAGGCUCGCGGAUCCUCAUGGAUGAACAACGUCAACGGUGAUGUCACUACACCUCCAGUUGUAUCUGAUGAGUUUGAUCACUAUUCUGCAUCACAUAUUCGUCUCCAGUGCAAAGACUUUACGUUUUAUUCAUUUGACUUUUUAAAUGAUGCCAUUUGUUGUGAGGUGUUUGCGAAAAUGAGCAGCUUGAUCACGGUGAGCAAGAGCGAGAAUGACAUCAAGGCAUUGUACGCGUAUGAAUACAGACCAAACAUGUUGGAACAGGCGUUGGAAGUUCGAGGGUGGGAUUUGUACGAUCCAGUUCAAGAGUAUACCCGGUUGAACUUGAUUGAGAAUGAAAAGUACUGGAGAGUAACGAAUAUCAACGAAGAGUAUAAGUUCUGUCCGUCGUAUCCUAAAGUGAUUGUUGUCCCCAGUUCAAUCUCAGAUAAUGUGUUGAAACAUGCCGGUAAGUUCCGGUCAAAACAGAGAAUACCAGCGAUAGUAUAUAAACACCGUGGAAGUAAUGGGAAUGUGAUUGCCCGAUGUGCACAGCCAUUGGUAGGACUAAACUUGCAGAAUCGAUCAAUUCAAGAUGAGAAGUUGAUUGGGGAGAUAUUCAAGACCCAGCAAGAAGAACGAGAAUACAACAUGUCGGAAGAGGACGAGUAUCAAAACCAACCACAACGAAACUUACUAGUCGAUCUACGUCCGUUGACCAACGCAAUAGGACAACAUGCAUUAGGAGCAGGAACAGAGAAUGUUGAAAAUUAUCGAGGCAAGACUCCACAGAAGGAAGGUUCGCCUGAUGAGAUUCCCGAAACCAAUUUACGACAUGUGGAGAAGAUAUUUUGUAAUAUUGACAACAUUCAUGUCAUGAGGGAUUCUGUGAAUAAGUUGACGUCUGUCUUGAAUGAUCUUGACAAGUAUCCUACUGGAUCAGCCGGUAGUAGUGCUUUAUUACAACAGCAACUUACGAAAACUCAAUGGUUGCACCGACUUUCCCUUAUACUUCAGUCGGUGGACCGUAUAACCAAGUCGAUCCAUUUCAACAACACAAAUGUUAUAAUACAUUGUUCUGAUGGUUGGGAUAGAACGUCACAAGUAUCAGCAUUGGCACAAUUGUGUCUUGAUCCAUAUUAUAGAACAAUCAAGGGGUUUAUGGUACUCAUUGAAAAGGAAUGGGUCAGUUUCGGGUUCAAGUUUGCCACCAGGGCCGAUCAUGGCGGUUGUAUUGGUGCGAUUGUCAAGAAGGAAGUGAAAACCAAUGGGUCAAGCAAUACAGAAAUAUCCGACCAGGCUUCCGAGAGUUCUGUUGAAAGUUCCGUUUAUGAGGGAGAAACCCUGGGUGGUGCUGCUGCCAGUGUGACUAGUUUCUUUCAGCGAGCAGCCAAGGCAGCUCGGGAUAUCAAAAACUCGGCUCAGAGUGGGUUGAGUUCACCUGCUCCUGAUGACGAAAAGUAUAUCCCCAUGGCAUCGGUGUACAGUGGCAGCACUGACAAAUCUCCUGUUUUCCACCAGUUUUUGGAUUGUGUAUACCAGAUAUUACGACAACACCCGUCGAAAUUCGAGUUCAAUAGUCGAUUCUUGAAACGGUUGUUUUACCAUUACUAUUCGUGUCAAUACGGGACGUUUCUUUGUGAUUCAGAACGGGAAUUGUAUCAAGUGUUUAAAGUGCACGAGAGUACCGUGUCGGUGUGGGACUACUUCAACAGUCGGCCAGGUGAGUUUGUCAAUGCGGGUUAUAAACUGGACGACGUGAUUUUCUUUAAUUUUGCUGAUGUCAAAUGGUGGUCUGAGUUGUAUGGACGUACUGAUGAGGAGAUGAAUGGGUUGUCUAAUUCUUUGGAUCGGAAGUUUGCCCAGAUGAGCAUGAAUAGGAAGUAG